UACAUUGGGCCGUAGAGGAGUGGUUUGUCCUGCCUGCCCGCCCUCAGCAAGCCUUGCUCAGUGGCAACCGUCCAUUUCCUCUCUCCCUGUAGCGGUAGCACACCGACAUCUCCAACUCAAGCAGACAUGGCUGACCAACUAACAGAAGAGCAGAUUGCAGAGUUCAAGGAGGCCUUCUCCCUGUUUGAUAAGGAUGGAGAUGGAACCAUCACUACUAAGGAGCUGGGCACCGUCAUGAGGUCACUGGGUCAAAACCCAACUGAGGCCGAACUCCAGGACAUGAUCAAUGAGGUGGACGCAGAUGGCAACGGGACCAUUGACUUCCCCGAGUUUCUGACGAUGAUGGCAAGGAAGAUGAAGGACACCGACAGUGAGGAGGAGAUCAGGGAGGCAUUCCGGGUCUUUGAUAAGGAUGGCAACGGUUACAUUAGCGCAGCAGAGCUGCGUCAUGUAAUGACUAACCUGGGAGAGAAGCUGACAGACGAGGAAGUAGACGAGAUGAUCAGAGAAGCAGACAUUGACGGAGACGGACAGGUCAACUAUGAAGAAUUUGUUCAGAUGAUGACCGCCAAAUGAACUGGGCUCAUGUGAAAGACAAAGAAUCAGUCAAAUGUUUCACUUACCUCUUAUUGCAAAAAUCUACAUUUAUUCAUACUGUUCUGUAUAGACAACUUAAACUGAAUGUUGGAAAACUGAAAAUCUGUCCAUAUAAACAAGCUCAAAAAAGGUAAAAGACAAAAAGAAAAACCUAAAUGAAUCUGCAUGUACUGGCUUGUAUUCCUGCCCCCCCACCCCCCCCCCACCCCAGCGCUGAGCUGCCCAAUCAGAUCUCAAGUUGUUAGCCAAGCAGCCUCUCUGCAGCUGGCUUGUUUGGCCACUGCUCCUCUGCUUCCUGGUUCCAUCUGCCUGAUGUCAUGAUGAUUAUAUGGGCUGGCUGAUUGCCUUUCUUCUAUGACUUCCUAUUUUCUUUUUUUUCUGUUCUUCAUGCAUGCAGCUUUAGAUGGGUUACUGUUGAGAGCCCCGUGGCAGAAAGCUGUUGUUGGGCCUCAGGUUGUCCUGGGACCCACAGAGACGAGGGAGGGGUUAGUUGACAGAUGGGUGGGAGGGAGUGAACCAGCCGAACCUUUGCAGUUUGCUUAACUAAAAGAAGUCCGUGACGAUAGAGAUAUUUUUAAGAAAAAUAUUAAAAUGGAAUAAACAUGUAACUCAUUUUAGAUUCUGUGUUUCUGGCAUGUCAGGAUACUCGCUUUAUCCUUUUGUGUGUUUACCUUUUUUGAGGGAGAAGCCUGGGUGGGGCAUAGAUUUGAGACCCUUGGGUGGUGGGUGUUCUAGACUAUUUGGAGGGAUUGGGUGGGCUUUAUUAAAGAUGAUAUACACAAGCAAUGUUUGGGGCGAUAUCAUUAUCAGUCUUUGCAUAGAGAUUAACGAAUGAUGAAAUAAGUUUGUAAAUCAGUAGAGAACUAAAACGUGGGGUUAUUCCUCACUAACGCAUGCAAGCAAGGUACAGUAUAUUGCCUCAAAGGUUGUAUGUGAAUCAUAAUUCUACAAGGGUGUUAUUUUCAGUUUAGUGGGGACGGGCUCGGUGCUUUGCAGCAUUUCUAUCUUGUGUUUGUGCGUGAGUGUGCGUGUGUGGGUGCGGCGAGGUCCGGCCCAGUCCAACUGUUCUGUUUAGUUCAGUUGAUCUGCAUUCCAAGUUGUACAUGCUAGUCUUUACAUUUUGUUUUUCCAAUAAAAUACCAUGAACUAA